AUGUUCACUAGAAGGAGAGUGGGACUGGACAGCCUGGACACUCUUACUCUGAAUGGACAAGAAAUUAGCUUAAAAUCAGAAGUAAAAUACUUAGGUAUUAUCUUGGAUAGUAAGCUAAAAUGGAAAUCACAUGUUGAGUCAAGAAUCAAAAAAGCAAUGACCACAUUGUGGACUUGCAGCAGAGCCUUGGGAAAGACAUGGGGUCUUAAACCAAGAGUUAUGUAUUGGUUGUACACGUCAGUGAUUAAACCUAUGAUAUUGUACGGUGCCCUAGUCUGGUGGACCAGAACAGCACUCAUUACAGCUAGGAAAGAACUUAGUCGCAUACAGAGAAUGGCUGCUAUUGCCAUCACUGGAGCAUUAAGAACUACACCAACGGUCGCAUUAGAGGCACUAAUUGGAUUGCCUCCUCUGCAUCUAGAGGUGAAAGCUCACGCCAAAGCUACAGCACUAAGAUUCCACAACUUAGGUAUGUGGACUUUGGAGAGUGAUACAACAGAACAUGGUAAAAUACUAAAAGAGAUAGACAAGGGCUUUUUAGAAUACCCCUUGGACUAUAUCAAACCGGUUCUUAAGAAUAACAUUCCCUACAAAGUGGAGAUCACUACACGUAUAGAAUGGAAUAUUAACCACCUGACUGACAAAGGAGGAUUUGUGAUAUAUACAGAUGGAUCCAAAAAAUCAGGAAAGGUAGGUGCUGGAAUUUGGGGCUUAAAGCCACGAAUAAAUGUCAGUAUGUCAUUGGGCACAACACCCUCUGUUUUCCAAGCAGAGGGUAAUCGUUCAGCGUCCGACCAGAACCCAAGCUUAAACGAGUUAUCCGAGAAAAAGUCAGAAAGAACAUAUCCGCAAGGUAAAAGUGACUCUUUUAGCUCAGCCAAGAACGGUAAAAGAGCAAAAACUUAUCCGGAGAUUGUAGCUCUUUCCGACAUUAAAACCUGGCAAUCCGAAGAUGCAACUUUUGCCCAACAGCCAGCAGCAAGGAAAAGCCCGCUCAUCUCACCGAUUAGCCGUCGAAACUGCGACGAUGAUGCGCCAACAGGCGAUGCAUUAACUAUAGAUCUUGUGGAUUUACUGUUUUCAAAAAACACCGGUGUUUAUUCAGUAUCAGAUUUGCACGCAUCAAAAUAA